GUCUACUUCAUAGUUUCGCAGUCCAUCAAAUUUUUUUUAGACUAUUUGACAAUUAAGUACUGAAAAACAAGUGAGAUCUCUUUAAUAUCUCUUUAAAUUGGCUCGUCCGUUAUUAACCAAUUGGAAAUGCAGUCUACCCAACAAAGAAAUACAAAAGUACACAUUUUAAAAGAUGGAGCUGUGUUUAGAUAUGUUACUGUAAUGUAAACAUUGGUGACCAAAGAUUUUGGUAGCACUUUAGAGUACUGAUUCAAAGAAAGUUUAGGGGUAAAAUCAUAGACCGCAUCAAGGGUGCAAAGGGGGCGCUGAUGAGCACACUUCGGGGCAAAAAAAUGACAGAUGGGACCCUAUAGACCCUUUUAAUGUUUGUACACAAUGAUGACGUGGUAGCAUAUGCGCACGCAUUUAGGCAACGGAAGUAUGGCAAGAAUCAGCAGUGAAGCAACACGGACAGAGAAAGUUAUUUUAAAAAGUUGACUUUAUCAACUUUUUCAACACAGCUACAAUAUCCGUUAACUAUAGUGGAGUGGAUAGAAGACGUUAGCAGAUGGCCAAAAAUAAACUUGCCAGAUACAUACAUAUAUUAGUAUAUUAUAUUAGUGCAAUCAAACGCAAAAACCAGACAUUUUGAUACUGGGAAACCGUGUUAAUAAACUUUCUGAGAUGCUAACACAUUAGAACCAACGGGGAAUAACACCACUUCUGUUGCCUAAAUGCGCGCGCAGGCUAUUUGAUCAUGUGAGCUGUAAAAGGGUCUAUGGACUUGUAGACUUAGCGAGGACGCACAAUUUAAGGCCACGAGACUGAAAGUCCACAUGAAUUGCGCCAUUUGGGACAGGGCCCUACUGACAUCAUUAAAGCAGGAAGUAGAGGGCUGUAAUCCAAACCGGCCAUUUGCUGUAGGCUUUGAAAGGCGAAUUCUGUAUAUAUCGCCUGGCAUUGAACUUUGAGCUUAAUCAUUUUACAGGUAUUAUACUAACUAUGUUUUUAAAAAUGGAAUCAGAAAGAACGUGACUUUUAAAUACUAAUUUUUAAUUAAGUUAAACUUAAAAAUAAAAUGCCACUAAUAAUCCAAGUAAAACUUUUACUUGAGUUUUACUUGAAAUGUUGCACUUUUUAAAAUCUGGUUGGAAAGAUUUCUGACUUGUUAUGACCAACUUAUGUCAGUGUGCUGUGACAACCCAUGUAAAAACCACAGUUUGUCCAUCGCUGCUUGACAUCCUGUUAGAUUUUUUUUUUUAAGUGUGCAGGUGCAUCAGCACGCAGUACUUGAACAUUCAAAAAAUAUGAAGGGCCUGUUUGUAUUGCUUCUAGCUCAUGUAAGUGUGCAGCUUCAGUGUGAUAAAACAAUGAUUGACACCAAAAUUGGAAGCACAUUCACUAUUGUCUGCACCUACAAAACAAACCAGUUUAGAUUUAAUAAGAAGUACUGGUGUGUUGGAGACUCAAGAGCGUCAUGCGAGGUGCUGAUGGACACAGAUGGAUUUAUUCUGCCUAACUACAGAAAACGUGCUCAGAUCGUUGAUGCGGUUUCUAGAGGAUUGAUUGUUGUUGUUAGAGAUUUACAGCUGGAUGAUACUGGAAUCCAUUGGGUCGGUAUUGACAAAAUCUAUUCUGAUAUAAUGUUCAGGAUUCAAGUUACUGUAAGAAAAGAAAAUGUAAUGAAACCAAACGUGUGGCCUCUCAGUUCCCUCGAGAUGACAUGUUUGGGACAACCUGUUACAUUUCGCUGUAGGAGUGAGAGAGGAACGGAUGUGCAGUACACCUGGUACAGAGUAGGACAUCCCAACAACAUUGUCCUGGACCAAACUCCUGAUUUUCAGUUCCACUGUUUAGACAGCACUGAAAACGAUCAGUUUUUCUGCUCUGCUUAUAAUGAUGUCAGCAAUCAGAACAGUGAAUGGAUUUCUGUGCAAAAUCUGCAGCCUGAGAACCUAGGCUGUAUGUAUCUCAUUACAUCAAAGAUUUUCAGUAGUUAUGAGUGUAUUAGAAGCACAACAUCGCCCUCAACAACUAUCCAAGAUAAACUCUGGAGCUCCACAACGGCCUCUUACUCCGGAAGUCAAAAUCAAACAAUGUAUGUUAAUCAAACCUGCUUAACAGAAAGCUAUUUUUUAUGGUCUGGUUUGCCACUGUGGUAUGAGUGUCUUCGUUGGGUUCUCUGUUCAGUUAUGAUCACUGCCGUAUGUGUAGUGCACAUCUGCACAAAAUCAAGAUCCAGAAGGCUCAGGCUUCAGGACAAACACCAUAAAGACAUCUGACUCAGAACCACGAUCUCGGCUUUCUUAUGGUUGUCUCUGUAUGGACUGCAUGUACAUACACUGUAAAACGUUUCAGUAAAUUACAGUAUUACAACUAGCUGCCAGUAACUUACUGUAGAUUUUACAUUUAUGUUAUUUACUGGCAACAGUUUGUUCAAAGUUAAAUGAACAUGAAACAUUUUCAGUCUUUAUCCUCUACAGUAAGUUACUGGCAACCAGCUGCAUAAUUACAGCAUUUUUACAGUGUACUCUCUAUUUUACAGGUGUUAAACUUUAGAUGUUAAAAGAAAUUACAGGCACACAUGAGGUCAUUUACACUAGAAGCAUCACUUUGUUACAUAUCAUCAUCACAUUGUUUAUGUUUCACUAAAAAACUAAAAAGUUUUGCGUGAAAACUAUAUCUUUCUUUUGUAACUCUAAACAAACAACAGACUAUACUUGAGGGACUAUAGUUUGAAUCGGAAAGUGAGUGUAUAAGACCAAAUGCUACCUGAAAGCCACAACAUGUUCAACCUUACAUCCUGUUUUAUUUUAAACAACUUGUUGUGGUGCACAACACCAACACAUGCAUGUAUACAAAAAAACAUUAAGAUCCUGUCCAUUCUACAGCAACUGAUGUAUUUGAUGUAUUCCUAUGUGGAAAAUAUUUUUUCCUG